AUGUUUUACCAGGGGAGCCUGCAAGAGGGCAUUUCCACGGCGGUGGGCCAGCAGAAGCUGGUGCUUUGCUUCGUGACCAAUGAAAAUGAAGAGAGCCAAACAUGGCAACAUGAAUAUCUACAAGACAGCUCUCUGCUGAAGCUGAUAGAGACGCAAGCAGUCGCUCUGCGGCUCAUCGCAGACUCGGAAGAAGCCGGAUACCUGUCGCAAAUCUUCCCGCUCCCCAAGACGCCGACCGUCGUCAUCAUGAAGCACGGCGAGCUGAAGGAGUACAUCUCCGCCGGCACCAGCAAGGAGGAUUUCCUCCGUCGGAUCCUCGUCGCCUUCAAUGCCGCUCCGCAAGUGGUUUCUGCCGCAGCCGCAUCGUCGUCGUCGUUACCAUCACCAGCCUCGUCACCGGCGACUUCACCGACAAGACCGGCUGCCCCUGUCCCCGCUGCCGCACACGCUUCCGUUCUCGCUCCCGCUCCUUCGACAUCUCCACCACCGCCGUCCCAAGCCCAAACACAAUCACAAUCGCAGACACAUGCACCGCCUGCGAGCGUACAAGCCGCCGCACAAUCCGAGAUAGUCAACAGGAUCCUCGCUGAGAGGGCGGCCAAGCUCAAGGCGCAGAAAGAAGAGGCCGAGCGAAAAGCCAAGGAGGAGCGAGCCAAAGCCCAGGAAAAAGCCAAAGCCGAGGCGCAAGCAGGAGCGAAUACAGAUGGCGCCAAAGUAUACCAGCAGGCCGAAGAGCUUAAGAAGAAGCGAUUGGCGGAACAAGAGGAGCGCCGAAGGAUCCUGAAGCGAAUAGAAGAUGACAAAGAGGAGAGGCGGAUGCGGGCGUCGGCAAAGGAGCAGCAGAAGAUUGAAAGCCAAAAGGCAGACAACGCUUCCUCAGCCAGUGCGAAACUGAGCAAACUUCCCUCGACGACCAGGGUGUCUGAAAUGGCAUCGAUACAGGUCCGGCUCUUUGACGGCUCAACCAUACGCUCACGGUUCAAGACGGCAUCUCCCCUAAAAGAAGUCAGGCGUUGGGUCGACGAGAACAGGGAGGGAAAUGCCCCCUACACAUUUAAGCAGGUCCUGACACCGCUGCCCAACAAGAACAUUGACGCGACGGAGGAAAACAAGGCCCUCGGCGAGCUGGGCUUGGUCCCGUCGUCAACACUGGUCCUGAUUCCCGUCCAAAAGUACUCCUCGGCUUACAGCGCGGCGGAGCAGCAACAGAAAUCCUUCUUUUCCAAGUUUCUCGCCAUGAUUCUGGGCUUCUUCACAUGGCUCCUGAGCUUGAUCGGCUUGGGCGGCGGGCAGAGAGAAAUUACGAGAGAAAGGGCAUCGUCGGAUGCGACGGCGAGAACGGCUUCCGAGGAGAGGAAUCGCCGAGUCAGAGGUCUACAGAACUUGCAGCGCGAUCACCAACUUUACAAUGGCAACUCGCUGAAUUUUGAGCCUCGGCCAGACGACGACGAAACAUGA